AUGAUGAUCGCCGCAGAGCAGAUCAGGUUGUUGGACGCCAAAGAGCUGUCCGUGGCCUCUGCCUACAGCUCUUCCGACGACUUCGAAGCGAUCCAGGCAAAGAUCAAGACUUUGCUGGAGGGACAGGCGCACUUCACAGUGACAGGUGCGGCACAGAAAAAGCUUCAGAAUGUGGUGCAGCACCGAGAAGAAAGAAAAAGGGAGAUGCUGAUAAAGAUCUCCAAAAGCCGCCCUUGCUGCAACGCACGGGUGGAGCGCAGCUUCAUCAUCGACAACGGUGACCUGCUCGUGUACAGGGACCAUCAUCCCAAUGCCAAGGUCAAGGCGAUUUAUCACUUGAAAGAUGCUACCUGCUUCUACGAAGAGCCGCGCACGGCCUCUCUGCCAAAAUGGCAAGAAGGCUAUCAGAUGCGCCUCCGUGUAAUUUGUACAGACAGAGAAAAAGCUUCAAAGUCCCCGUUGUACCUGUAUUCAAAGGAUGAGGCCAAGAUUCACAGAUGGAAGCGAGCUUUCACGCUGGCCAAGGUGUUAGUAUCAGAGAACGACCGUCGGGCGCUGAAGGUGUCCAUCGGCCGUGCCACUUCCGGCGCUUUACAGAAAGCUUGGGACUCGCUGGCCAUGUACUAUGGUGAGUAUGCCAAGACGAAAGCCUUGGUGAAGAACAUGGCCAUGCGACUGAUGAAGGUUGACUACAGUCGCGGCUGGAUGAAGUUCAAGCUGGUCUACAGGAAGAAGAUGGACGAGCAGCAGCGGCGCAAAGAUCAGCAGAUCUGGGCAGCACGAUUCAUGUCUGAGAAGCUCACGAAGUUGGGCAAGCAGAAAGCCAAAGAACUCGACGACGUCCGGGAGGGCGUGAUCACGCGCAUCCAGCAGAGGUUCCGCAGCUACCGGGAAGACAUGAUCUUCGACCGAACGUACCCGCUGACCUCCAGCAUGAUGGCAAGGGUGCAAUCUGCCAAAGUGGGUCAAGUAGUUGACUACUCCAUGCAGACCGUCUCUGCAGACGAUGUUUGCCAUUUGAGCCUCAAGGUGAAUGCUGACAAGACGAAAGAUGCGGACGCGAAGGGGGACUCGAACGACACCAAUGGCCCCUCCGGGAACAAUGACAAGGCCGCGCAGUUGAAUCAGGCUUUUGAGAAGUGGAGCAAGGACAAAGACGUCCUGCGGUCCACAUCGCCGGGCUACUCGGCGCUCCAAGAUGGAAAUCUCUCACUUCAGACGGUGUUGGUGUACGCUUCCGACAACCUGUCGGCACUGUUUUUUGCGGACCAGCAGCCUACCGAUGGCAUCGCCGUUCUGAACAAGACGGACUGGUCCAAGUUCAUCAACAUGGACCGGAUUUCCAGUGUCGUUCUGCAUUCCGAACCACGGCCAGGAGCCGGCCAGACGAAUGGCGAUGCCGGUGUCUGGUGCACGAUCAAUGGGCCACGAGUGGCAUGGGAUCGGCGGCUGGCUAUGCAAUCCGGCAAGAAAGAGGUUUUCGGAGCCGAAACGAACCUCACCGUCGCCUCGGCCAUCGCGCAGGCCAAGCCCCUCCACUGGCUCCAGUUGGAAGGCAGACUCGGCAGAGUGACGCUGUCAGAGAAGAAGGUCGAAGGGGAGGAGCCUGUCCCGUUCAAGUUCAAGACCAAGGCGGUUCUUCACCUCCUGGGCUGGUCCUAUGAGUCUAAGGAGGUGGAGGGCAACAACCCUGACUAUGAGCUGACGGUGAAGGGUGCCGUUCCGGUUUCUUCGGAGAAGUUCGUGUCCCUGGACGACAGCGAGGUGGGCGUAGAGAUCUUCCAGGUCAUUCCAGAAGAGGAGGUUGAGGUCCCCGGCAACAAGAACCCUGGAGACACCUUCACCAAGGAGAUCAGCGGAAAGAUCUAUCACAUCCUCGUGCCUGAGGGCGCAAAGCCAGGCUCCUUCUUCAAGGUGGCACUGCCGUCGAGUGACAACUCCAAGGCAGUAGAUGUCCCCGUGAAGUACCCGGAUGACAAGAAACAGACCACCUGGACUCAGAAGGUGCUUGGGAGGGAAUACCAGCUCAACGCUCCCGAAAGGAAGGACGGUGAUCCAGGUGAAAUGACGAUCUCGGUGGCGGAGGCUUCAGAUCCGGCGGUGAAGGAGGGCCGCCGGCUGUUGUACGCCGGCUGUGAGUCCUUGACGACACUGUUCAAUGUCACACCCAAGGAGGACGGCUCCCCCCUGGAUUUCUUCAAGGUCCUGACGAGCGGGGCGAAACCUGAGCAGCUUCAGCUGUUCGAGCCAGGUGCCCUGGUUGAGAUCAAGGCAGACGAGAAAGACAAAGACAAGUCCAUGGAGGUGAAGGUCACAGCCGACCUCGGCAUCACCUGCAAGGGCCUCCCCGACAAACCUGCCGAAACUGUGACCGGUGCUGAGAACCCCUCCACGCAGUCUAUGCCAUGCGUAUCGCCAGAGCUUGUGGGAGGCGGGGUCAACACCACGCUGUACUCUUGCAACCGCGCAGCCUGGUUCGACCCGGGCCUCGGGGCCGGCAAGUUCCGUCCCGACCAUGUGGCGAACUAUGUCGAGUUAAAACUCUCCUCCUUGACAUUCCCAAUCUCCGACAAGUGGAGCGAUGCAGAGGCGAAGUCCAUGUACUACGUGCGAGCUCGAGUCUGCGGUGUCGCGGUGACCAGUACCGCUCUCCACCGGCCAAAUCCGGUCUGGUCCAAGGUGCUUCCGUCGCAUCUCGUGGACCCCAGCCAGAUCCGCUUCGAAGGCCAACAGCUGCUUCUCCCAUUGCCAGCUGGAUGCUGGGCUGGUGACGACCCGGAACGCACAGAGAUGCGGAAGGUCCGCAUUGAGGUUGUCAAGGCAAGCUACAAGGACAGUGGGUCCGUCCUCGACUUCGACAGCUUCGCCGGCACAGCAGGAGCGGCACCAAAGAACACAUACUCCGAGAAGGUGGUCUUCAAGGCUGCUCUGACAUUCGACAAUCACAUGCUCGUGGACAUGCAGAAGCAGCUGGGCCUGUUCCUGACGCGGCCUGAUCAACAGGUCAAGGAGGCUGCCCCGAAGCAUUUCAGCCCUCAGCCGCUUGAAGCCUUGGGUUGGGUAGGUGUCGACAUUCCCAUCAGGAAGGUCAGCCCGAGGUUGUACAAGGGUCGACUGGGCGACAAUUCAGAGAGCAACCAAGAGCGAGGAGCUGUAAGCCAAGCUGUCAUGGGCCAGUCCGGCCACAAAAGCGCCCUGUGCAUCGGUGACAAGGCUAUGCUGGUGGUGGAGGAGCCUUUCCUUUACCCGAAGGAUGCGGCGGACUUCCGGAAGCAGUUCUGCGUUGGCGACUUUGUCAAAGGCAAGAAGGAUGGACAACCGUGGCGUGUUGAACUCCGCGAACCGUGCCUGAGCAGCGAGUACGCCGAAAGCGGACUUGGCGACCUGGUUCCGAAGCGGCCGUUCAAGCAGAGCUUCAUCCCCACUUUCUGCGACGACAUCAUCCCCCACAAGUAUGUCAUGCCCUUGUCGGAGAAAGAGUUCCUGGACAAGCACAAGCCGGGUUUCUUCAAUCGCAUUCUGGAUGACAUGGCUUCGAAAGCAUCAUCCGACCACACGCUGCCGUACCGGUCUGGCCCCAACAAGCCAGUCGUAUCUCAUCUCGAGCACAUGAACCGACACGUGCCUGUGACGAUCCUGGCUAUGUAUGCGGACAGUGGCAACGGUGCCACGUGUGAUGUGGAGCCCCUCGACAGUAUGAGGGCUUCUUUGUGGUUGGAUCUCUUUGAAAUUGUCACUAGAACGGAGACCGGCCGUUACAGUGGUGGCGCACAGGUGUGUCCUGGCUACAGGUUUGCUUUUCCUGGCAAGCUGGAGAAGCUGGAUCGCAAAGGUAAGGGUGGGGAGGCGCUGCCCCCGCGGUUCAUUCUCAAGCAGGUGCCAGCAAUCCUGCUGAAUGCUGUCCACUAUUCCGGCAUCAACGUUUACGAUGCUUUGUUUAAGGCAACUUCGGAUGUCAUCCAAGCGCCGCCACCUGCCAACGAGUUCGAUCCUCGCUCCUACGAGGCCGGGGGAGGAAACGAAAUGAAAGGCGCUGCGCAGUUGGAGUCUCAGUUGCCGUUUCGGCGCGGGUACAAGCUCGCAGCGGGCCCGCUUCCUCCCGAUGCUAGCACGUCGGCCUGCACGUACGAGUUCAAUGUCCGUGUGCGCUUCCCCAGCGAGUACGAGAUGUAUCAGUUCGUCGCCAUGGUGCGCAAGUGUGUGCGCGUGGACCACUACCAGCAGGCAUCGAAAAUGAUCGAGUACCAGAAGCAAACUCAGAUGACGACCCCUCAGCUCAUGCGCCAUCCCGGGCUGCAGAAAAGCGGCGGGCAAUUGGACGUGCUCCUGGUGGAAGCUCGCCGACUUCAGCCGCUGCAGUCGGCUCUUAACACGGUGCUUACCUCGGACCCCAUCACUCUCUACGAGUCGUGGUCAAAGGGCCGUUCCGAUGUGGACCCGUCGCAGUCGAAUCAAAUGGUGGAUGCGAACUAUCUGCCAGAGCUCCUCGGUACCACGGAUGGCCAGGCGGUGAAGGGCACACCGGAAGGAAGCUCGAUUGGGACCUUCGUCAACUUCAGGAUGCUCCACAACAAGGAGGUCAUUCCAUACCGUGGGACGAACAAGCAAGUGUCCCCGGUCAUCUCGGGUACCGACAGCCCAGUUUGGUCCAAGCUGCCUCAGCUGGAGAGUGUGGGAGGCUGGACGUUCCGCACCGGCAUUAUCGAUCCCGAGAAGUACCCGAAAUUGCUGAUUGAGUUCGAGGUGAUGAAAGCAGGGAUGUCUCCGAGUCGCAUCGGCGUCAUCCAGCUUCCGGUGACUGAAGAGCAGUUCCUGACGAAUCCCAACCAGAUGUUCAAAAACCUUUGGCUCCCACUGGUCAGCGUGAAGGAUGGCGAGCUUACACCCAACAUCACGGGUGAGAUCCACGUCCUCACUCGUUGGCUGCCGGUAGAGAUGAAGCAGGUGUUCGCCGACGGUCAGGAGAAGAUGCAGCUCUCGGUUCGGUCUAUGUUCUUAAAGGACAUCUGGAGCAAGGUCUGCCAGCCGAGAAUUCGCGAGCCGAUUUACGGUGUGGAAGCCAUGUACCACGCUUUCACCUACAAUCCGAACCUCGUCCGGCUGAGGGACAAGGAGGGCACGAAGUCUCCGGAGACUUUGAAGGACAACGCUCGAAGACACGUCGAGGAGUUGUCGAACUGCGUGCCUUACCUGGAGUGCCUGGAGAGGCGUCAGCUCAAUGCCUGGAACAUUUUCCAGGCAGAGCUACAAGAUCGCGGCUACGAAGGCCGCAGCAUCGGGGAGCUGCGUCUGUUGUGGCAGCAGAACGAGGACCAGGCAAUGCUAAACAAGCUGCAGCAGCUAGUCCUCAGAGGUGUGCCCAGCGCGCUGCGGCCGCAAGUGUGGGCAGAGCUCACGCUGGCCAGCCGCGUGGCGACGCAGGACGGAGCUACGUACGGCCGCGAUCCGGAGGCGAGUGGCGAAGAUGCUGCGGAACAGGUUGUCACAGCUCUGCUUGCCGUGGAAGACAGCGGCAUUGCCUACUGCGAGAGCUUGCUGGUGCUGGCUUUCUUCCUCCUCUUGCCGCAAGGCUACAAGGAGGUGGCGUCGUCGAGCUACACAGGGGAGGGGCUCACCCACCCCACCGAGAGCUCCGUCUUCUGGCUCCUGUACACCCUCAUCUGCACACGGACGAAUGGGGUCUACCGCGAGUACUAUGGGAUGCCACUUCAGCCGGAGCAAGACCCCAGCCAGACGGAGCUGGUGGGUGGCAGUGGGGCCAUACAGGAUGUGCACCUCUUGGAAUGUGCUGUGGCCUACCACGACAAGGAGCUCUACCAGUGCAUGUCGGCGAUGGGUUUCGAUCUCUCCACCGUCUUCUACGGAGCAUUCAUGAGGUGGUUUGCAACGUAUAUGCCGACGGCCAGCGUAUUCAGGCUCUGGGAUGCUUUGCUGCUGCAGUCGUCGAAUCCAAAAGCGCAGCCUCAUGCACGUGCAAACCUGAUCGAUCUGGGCUUCGCCUCCCUGCGUGCCAAGCGGACGGAGCUGAUGUCCUGCCAGUCUGCUCUGGAGAUGCGCAGUGUCGUUCUGGGUUUCCUGGCCUCGCUGUAUGACACAGGCACCGUCAUUGACUUGAUCCACUCAGCGCACUGCUUCUUGUGGGGCGGUGGUGGCUUCAGCAGUGGCAAGGUCGCAGUUCUUUGGACCAAGCGAGAGGAGCUCUUUACAGGCGCCAAUACCAUCACGAAGAACCAGAACCGGGUGCUGAAGCGAAUCGCGCACGAGGGCGUUGUGGGAAGGCAGGUUGCACAGGUGAUUCCGGCUGUGCGGGUUAGCCUCGAGUCGGCACGGAAGCGCGGCGAACCGAAGCACUGGGCCCGUCCUUCCGGGCUGAGUGGUUCCAGAAAGCUUGUUGUUGCCAGAUCCCUGAUCUUCCAGUUGCUUCUCCAACCAAUGCGAUGCGCUGGCUUUAUGGGUAAUCAGCUUCUGACACUGCCCCAGCUUGAGCCGUGGAGUGUUCACUUCUAUGGCCUGCAAGAGCCUUGCAACCACCAGCAGUGGCCAAGCGGUGUGCCCCACCGUAAAGGUGCUCACUGCUCCCCGAACUACUGGCCAAAGACCACCACCAAUCACUCCAACCGUUUUCUAACAGCUUUUCACGUUGCCCUCCAGACCAUUGUCGGCCUUCAAACUGUGUCACAUCCUCAUCUUCAGAUUUGCUUGAGAAGUUCCAGCGAUUUCACGACGUCUCCUGUAGGAGUCAUGCAUUACCAGUCUGCCUGCCGGACUUUGCGCCACUCCGAGGCGAUACCCAUUCCGGGUUGGCCCGAGUUCGUCAUCAGGAAAGGUGAUCCGGAUCAGCUACAGCAGGCAACGAGAGUUUUGAAUGUCACCGGCUCGGACGAUACCUGGGAUGGAGCCGCUGGAUGUAUCGCAGUCGGACUGCCUGACUGCCCCAUUGUGUACAGUCGCGACCAACCGCUGGAUCAUGUGAGUCUCAACGACAUCUUUGCUGCUUUGAUCUGCAGCUCCCGCGGGACCGUCUCGGAGAAGGCAGCCGCACUCUUCGACCUUUACUCCUAUACGGCUCCGCGAGGCAACGAGCACCACAUCACCCCUCUCAACCGCGUGUCGAAGCGUGCUGCAGCCUCCGCCCUCGCCGAUGGUGGAGACCUGGGCCGAGUCCUGGCACCGACCUGGGGUGAGGAUCCGGAAGAGAAGGACGCGAAACAGAACAAUGUGCUCAAGUUCACGGUCUACACCAGCUACCCAGCUGAUGCCGUCCUUGGCCACGUGCUGAUACCUUCCCUCUCCCCGUACGUCAGCAGCAGCCGGCCUGUAGCGGUGCUGCUGAGCCAGUGGCCAGGAGCUACAACAUCUGGGGACGCAAACCCAGGUUCACUUGCGUGGGUAUUUAAACUGUGCUUCUUCCUGCAGCUUGAAGCCGAAUUUGUAAGAGUCCGCCCGAGGAAUGGCCUGGACCCUUUAUCCAUCUCCAGGGCGGCGAACAACACCGCGGCCUCCAACCCCAACAUGGCAAACAACAACGCCGGCGGUGGUGACCAGAACAGGCUGGUGUGUUUGGGCGAGAUCAACAUGGCCCUGCAAUGGCGCGAGGCGAGCCCCAAGACGCCUCAUCAAGGGCAGCUGACGAUCCUCGUCAAGCACGUGAAGUUCCAGGGCUACUACAUCAUGGAGGACUACAACGUGAACCCCCGCAUCACGGUGUCCCUCAGCCAGGAAACAACGGGAACAGAUCGCAACUGGGUGGACAUCAAGAGAUGGGACCCACGUGGGGUCUUCAAGAAAGAUGCCGUGUCCGUGACCAAGCAGGGGGCCUUCGGUGGCGUCAUCGAGUUCGAGCGGACCAUGAAGAAGAAGACGUAUGGAGGCGGAAGGGAACUUGGGCAGUGGAUCCGGCAUGGUGACGGCCAGGGCUAUGUGGCCGGUGAGGGCAAGGAGAGCGGCAAAUGGGAGUGGAACAAGACCUGGGGUCUGCAGCACUCCCCGCCGGAUCUCCGGGUUCACCCUGACUUUGUGCAGAACGAGUCGCGCAGGAACACGAUUGACAUGACGGGCGUCCGGCUUAUCGUCUCCCAACUCUUGCAGAGGUGCCUGCUGAACAUGUCCAACAGGCAGGCUCUCCUGAUUGCAGAUAGCAUCUUCAAUCGUGCCGGGGCUGUACCUGGUAUCGCACAAGCCGUUCUCGUGAAAGCGAGCAACGCCGAUUUCGGUGUUUACGCCGACAAGAGGACUUGGCUUUGUGAGCAUGGCUUGGCGCAGAUCCUGGAGAAGCUUACUACUGCGCACCCCUACGUGGACGUGACAAAGGAGAUUGUUCUGGAGCACGAGCGGCAGGUGUCUUCCAACGGUGGCAACAUCAACCUCUUCGCCUCGAGCUACAUGAAGGAGAAGCUCAACUUAAGCGCAAUGGGGAUUUCCGACCCCUAUGUGAAGGAUAACAAGAUUCUGUUCAUCCGCUACAUCCGUGCUGGUGACGGCCAACGAUGCACACAGGCCGUCGCGGUUGACCCGGAUGGCAGUGUGACGCCCGAUUCGGAGGUGAAGAUGGACCUCCUCGCCACCGAAGGUCCCAGCGAUGAGGAGGGCUUCCUCGUUCCCGGAAAGCGUCUCUACCUCACCUACGAGGGUGCGAAAAAGCACAACCUCAACAGCGCUGAGAAAACCUGCUUCAAGAGGAUCUCCACGAGUACCACUGGAGACAAGACGAGGACUGUGGUGCACCUCGAGUUACCGAACGUCCUGGACAGCAUGGACAUUCCCAAAGAGAUUAUGGUCGACCUCGUGGACAUAUGGGAGUGGGAGCGUAUUCCUUUAAAGCAGGUCUUCCUCGCCGACGGUGCGAAGGUCAAAGUGAAGAAGGUUUCCACCACAGCCCUAAAGACCAGCGUAGACGUCGAGCUGCUGGAGAAGCGGGAAGUUACACUGAACCCGGAGCACAUACAGGUGAAGAUGGACCUUCGCGCCACUGCAGGUCAAAGUCAGCAGGUGCUUGCCCCUGGAACACGUGUCCAUCUCACAAACGAGGGCGCGCGCAAGCACAACGUUGCCGCCACUGAGAAAGCGCUUAUUCAGAAGGCCUUCAACGACGAGCAGAAGACCAUCGUACACCUCCAGCUGCCGGACAAGAAAGACGAGAGUGGAGCUGCCAAAGAAAUUCAAGUGGACCUUGUGGACAUUACUGCCAAGGAGUGGGAGAGUGUUCCUUCAAAGCAGGUCUACCUCACCUCCCUGGGCGCACAAAAGCUCGAUAUCUCCGACAGUACAGUUGCAAGGGUCACGGUCACGGUGAAGAAGGUGUCCACUACGCAAGACCAGAAGACCAGCGUGCUCGUCGAACUGUUAGUCCCCAAAGAAAAAACAGUCGACCCGGCGGACUUACAGGUCAAACUGGACCCAUCUGCAGAGCAGGGUGAGGAGCUUGCUCCGGGAAGACGCGUCUACCUCAGCUACGAGAGCGCGCGCAAGCACAACGUCGACAGCAAUGACAAGACCUACGUGAAGAAGGUUGCGGCUGCGAAAGACAACAAGAACAAGACCAUGGUAUACCUCGAGCUGCCGGACGAAAAGGAAGUGGCCGUCGAGCCUGUGGAGAUCCAGACCAAGCCACCUUCCUGGUCGAUGAGCCGUGUGUCAAAGCAGGAGUUCAUUGCGUGCUUCACCGCUUCCCCACUCCUGAGCGAAUCGAUUCGCCGACUGGGAUGCACUACGCACGAGUUGCACGAGACGCGGCCGAUCCCUCUGGAGGUGACAAUCAUGGAUCCGCACCAUGAUGAUGUGUUCCAGGAGCUGGAGGAAUCCGUCAACAUCGGCCAGUCACUGUUGAUCGAGGUCUGGGACUCCGACUUUAUGGGCAUGGACUUCCUUGGAGAGGCGUGGCUGCCCCCACUCUCCGAGUUCGGGCCACGCCCGAAGGACAUCGUGUUGCCGCUCCAGCCGGUGAGCUAUAGCCCUGACUCGGAGAAUGGGCCGUCCCGGCACGAUCCCAAGAAGGACCUCAAGGACGAUGGUACAAAUCCGAACAUGAAGGUGACCGGCGACAUCUUCUUGACGGUGAGCUGGAACUACCCCACAAUUGAGGGCAGAGGGCUGGACGUCGAUGUGGAAACCUGGCUCGCAAUGUUGGAGCAAAAGUACAUAAAGGCAAAGACCCUGAAGCCGGGUGAGCUCACCAAGUAUCAGGAGCCGAUCAUCGACAAUUUUCGGACAGUGCGAAACAUCAGGGAGCAGAUGGUGGAGAACAAAGCACCCUUCCAGCUGAAAGCCAACUUCUUCAGCACGCUGAAAAUCACAGAUUCGAGAGUGAAGAAGAUCCUGAACGACUGGUUCAAGGACCAGCUGACCGAGACCAUCCAGGGCCGAGGGCUCCAGCAGGAGCACAAGCACAGCGGAAUCCUGACCGUCCGCAUUGAAAGGGCCGAGCGCCUAAGGCGCGCGGACGCGAAGAAGCUGAUGGACUGCGAUCCGAAAGCUCUUCUCUGGGUGCGCAACGACGUUCAGGGAUCCUGGCGUAAGAAGCCGUUGAUGCAAACCGGCCGGAUCUCCAACAACCGGAAUCCUCGGUGGGGCUUCGAAGACAGCAAGACCAUCUUCACCGGAUCCUUCGAGGCCAGCAUUGUGGCGACGGCCUGGGGGCACCUAGUAGCCUCCUUAAGAGCCAUUGACAUCAAGGUAGCUGAGGAGGCUGACAAAGAUGGCAAGGCAGGCAGCGGCAAGGAUAGCGAUGACUUCAACGUUCUGGACCUGCUGCGUCACCUCCAGGAGCAGGAGGGCUAUGAGGUCUACGACAUCUUCGAACGGGGCAGGGAGCGGGUUCCCACACAGGUUCGGCUUUGGCUAGAGGACAAAGAGGAUUGGCUUGCCACGUCCGAUGCAUCGAAGUCUAUCGACCCUUCGGCGAACCAGGAGAGCGAUGCCUCCGGCGACAAGGACGGCGAGGCCAAGGCAGCGCAGGCCUCAGCAGACCUUCGCGAAGGGCAGUCCAUGGGGAAGGCCCGACGCGGAAAGGAUUUCCUUGGCGCCGAUUCGAUGGCCCUUUCGAUUCCUUUGUUUAACGAAGCAAAACCAUCAAGCUUCCCGGAUGACACAGGCAAAGGCCCGAGAAUGAAAUUGACACAGGCACCUCCGCCGCCACCUUUCGGCAAGCGGCUGCACUGGCUUCCUCCGGCAACUUUGGACAACACCAUCUUUGAGGAGAGAGAGAGACGGGUUCCAGAGGUUGACCGAGCUGCAGCCGUGGGACAAGGUCGUAGCACUCCCAGCUCAAUGUUGAAUGGGUUGGUAACAGCAGUGACUGUUGGACAUGCUCCAGUGUUGCAUAUGCAUAUCCACAACCAGCAGCCGUUGAUACCUUCAAGUUGCCUUCAAGGGGCAGCCUGGGUGCGAGCAAUGCAGUCUUGGAAGGUUGUGCUCUUCCUGCUUUGCCAGGCCACUGGCCUGAAGUACAAUGAAGCUCCUGAGUGCACCGGAGACGUCACGGGUGCAACCCCUGUGGCCUGUGACGAGCUGGGAACAGAUGGGUGUGACGGCAAGUACACUUCGGUGGAGGGUGGUGUCUACUCCCAGUGUAAAGUGUCAGGUUUGAACUGCCUGGCCGUGGGCCCACUCUGCAAGAAGCCGGACACUUCUUCCAUGACCUGCUCGAGCUUGUCAGAUUGCGAGGGCAAGGGCUGGAAAAAGGCGUGGACGAGUGGGACUGCCACGACGUUUUCGGAAGACUUGGGCAAGUAUGUGCUCUUGGGCUAUGUCAAAGACAACGGGGAGAUGUCCCAUGCCUGGUUUUUCAAGACGCCGGACAGCUGGAAGUCGACCCAUCCCUACAAGCUCCAGCACGAGGGCGAGAUCAUUGAAGCCAUCCGCUCUACUGAUGGAAAGACCUACGAGGGUGAGCUCGUUUCGGACAAGUCCAACUAUGGCGGAGGCUGCGAGUGUGGGAAGGGCUCGGGCUCCUGGGGUCGUAUCUGCCUCCGCAGCAAGACACCCCCAUCCGGCGGCUGGAAGUGCACCGGCAAGGGAGGUGCCGUGCCAGAAGAGAUUGACUUCCCCUAUGUCCGGGGAUAUGGCAACGGCAAUGGCUGCGGCAGUUCCAGCUUGAGCUACUUCAAUUGGAACUCUGGCACCAACUUCUGCAGCAAGGGCUUUAAGGUCUUGAUCAUGACGAAGUAG